AUGUUUACCCGACACGUUUGCUUGAUCGUGGUAACUCUGCUACUGGCACUCAGUGGUAUGUGCGGCUGCGAAGAGCCCAAGCUUAGUCAACCUGUGAAGACCUCCGACCUGAGGGACAGAGUUCUCAGACAUCAGCAGAAAAUGGAGAUACUCAAGCGCGAGGUGGAGGCGAUCGAUUGUGAUUGUGAUGAUAAGAAGACUGGUAAAACGGAGAUGCUCAAGACUGCGAAUGCUGCGGAAAAGACGACCGCAUCGGCGCCCACGCCGAAAAAGCAGAACCACAACGGUCGUGUGCGUAUCUCAGACAGUGUGAAGUUGGAACCACCAUCUGAAUCAAUCGCGAUAUAG